AUGAAGUCCCCAGGACUGGCUGUGAUUUGUUUCGUCCUCCUGCACGCCGGAGCUCAUGGCUUUGGAAUAUUACCAGGAGUCUCUCUGAGUCACCAAGAAAUCACAGAACAAGCUAUUUUAAAUGCCACUUUACAGACUUGCCGUGACCUGGCUCAAGAUGAAGGGAGCGACUUCAGUUUUCCUACUCAGCCUUUCACAGCAGGAGCUGUUGCUGCCGCCUGCGGUGCUUCUCAGUCCUCCAAAACUUUCCGCCAAGCCAUUACAUGCAUCAAGUUGAGGACUUCACGAGUGGACAUCCGCUACCCCUUCCAGUCAAGCUUCCACUUUGAUAAGGAGAUGUUCACUGAAGGAAGGCGCAUCAUCACAGAGGGACUGACAGCUGUCAAAGCCAGCAACAAGAAGGAGAACUACGAGGCAGCAAGGGAGCAACUGGGAGAGAUUCUACAUCCUUUACAAGAUUUCUACAGUCACAGUAACUGGGUGGAACUGGGAAACACACGCCCGAACUCUAAUCUGAUCAGAGCAGGCAGCAGCAUUGGGAACACAGCAGAUGCAAGCAGAGCAACGUGUCGCAGCUGUGACAAUGAUGUUUGCAUAAACAACAUCCUGGAGGACAUCACAGCCGAACAGAUCCUGACCUCUGGCUACACUGGUCUAUUCCCUUUUGUCUCAACCAAACCAAAAGGAAAGUGCAGCCAUGGAGGAGCGACUGAUUUUUCUAGUAAGCUUGAGCCAACAGGUGGGAUCAAUAAAGACACCUUCACCUCCAAUCAUGGAUUCCUCCACAGCCAAGCAGCAAACCUGGCAAUAGCUGCAAGCAGUGAGCUGCUGGAGGACAUCAGACUUGCUGCUGGAGACCGAACAUUCCUACGCAUGGUUGGCAUCUUCAAGGGGUCCAGCAGAGCUCUUUGUUUUGUCACUGACACCACAAAGAGCAUGAGUGACGACAUUGAAGUGGUGAAGACAGUCACUUCUUCUAUAAUCAUCAGUCAUUUAGGAGCAAAGAAUGAACCCUCAGUUUACAUUCUUGUUCCUUUCAAUGAUCCAGGAUUUGGUCCACUGAUAAAAACAACAAAUGCUACAGUUUUUAAAAGCACUAUUAAUUCCCUAACAGCUUCUGGUGGAGGAGAUGAUCAGGAAAUGAGUCUUUCAGCAUUGCAGUUGGCUUUAACAAGUGCUCCUUUUAAUUCAGAGAUCUUUCUCUUCACGGAUGCACCUGCGAAAGACAAAUACUUGAAGAACACUGUGAUCGCACUCAUCGAGCGAACCCAGUCAGUGGUCAACUUUAUGAUUACUGAUUCAACAGCGACUAAUCGUCGCAGAAAAAGAAGCAACGCCAACCAGCCACAGGUGAGAAUGAUCGCAGACUCUGAUGCUCAGCUGUACAGAGAGCUGGCUCAGGCAUCAGGAGGUCAGGCUAUAGAAGUUACAACGAGCGAGCUUCAAGCCGCCACAGCAGUCAUAACUCAAUCCAUGAACUCCUCUCUGGUGACCCUUCUUCAGGCUGCCAGGAGCCCAGGAACAGCUGACAAUUUUACAUUUUUGGUUGAUGAAACUGUUAUAAACUUGAUCGUUUACAUCACUGGCCGCUCUGUUACAUUCACUCUCAUCAGCCCAACAGGUGCAUCUCAGGAAAGCACUGACUCUGCAGGUUCUCUGAUCACGGCAACCCAGUCAUUAGGAAAUUUCAUAACUCUGCAGCUCAAAAACCAAGUUGGACAGUGGGAAAUCAGAAUGAUGUCGACUAACCCCUACACUCUAAGAGUUAUGGGUCAGAGCCCAAUUGACUUCUUGUUUCACUUUGUCGAGCCAUCCCAGGACCCAUUUAUUGGGUUUGAUGCUCUUGAUACACGUCCAAGAGCAGGUCUUAGUGGCAGCUUGUUGGUGUCUUUAACUGGAAGUGACUCUGCCACUGUGACAGAAGUAGCUCUGAUUGUAUCGUCCGGAUCAGAAGAGAUCAAAGGAGUUGUAGUGCCACAAGGGAGUGGAAACUUUUUAGUCCAGGUCGACAUGAUACCAUCAGUGGAGUUUGUGGUUCGAGUGAAAGGGAGCAAUCAAGAUUCUUCAAAUAUUUUUCAAAGACAGUCCCUCACCAAAUUCAGAGGUUCAAAUCUAAAAAUUACGGCUGAUUCAGAUAGCAUCUUGAUACCAGGCACGCCAUUCUCUGUGCCUUUCACUGUGAUGACUAAUGGAACAGGAGGGAACUUGACCCUCCGAGUCACCAACAGCAGAGGUUUUGAAUCAACUUCUCCAACUAUUUUAUUCUUGGGAAGUGGAAACAGCACGAAUGGUACAGUGGUCAUGUCAGCACCUCUAAACACCCCGUCAGGCACUGAUGUGAUGCUGACUAUUGAGGCCGAGUCUCCGGAGGGUUCAGACACAAACUACAUCGUAUUGCUCUUCUCUGUUCUCAACAAGGUGACUGAUUUCACUCCUCCACAGUGUCAGCUGCUCAACAUUCAAUCCAACUGCACAGAAAACUGCAGUCUGUCGACAUGGGAGAUUUCCGUCAGGGUGACUGACGGAGAUGCAGGGACUGGAGUCGACCGAGUCAGCCUCAGGCAAGGCAACAGGACCCUGAACACCAGCCUAGUAGCUGGCAACGAGAACAAAGUUCUGGUGUCAUACGCUGUGUCCUGCUGUUUGCCUGAUGUGGAGCUGCUGGUUGUGGAUGGGGUUGGUAAUGUAGGCUCGUGUAUCUUCAACGCUCGAGACACUUUAUCAGCUGCCGUCUCUGUGUCCACCAAUCAGUACCUCUUCCUGUACCUGACUGUGCUGAUAUUAGGACUUAUGCUGACAGAAGUUAGGACUGACUGA